UUCCUGAAAGGAUGGCAGUAGGCGGGUUGGUGGGCUGGUUAAUAGCUUACACUACAUAAUUCUUAAUGCGUUUUGAGGUGGAGAGUAUAUGUUUAUCUUCCAUUUGUAGAAAGCCCAUAAAGGAAUGAUUAGAGUUUUCCCCAGGGAAAUGUUUCCUAGAAGAAAUCAGCUUAGUUCUACUCAAAAGUGUUCUUAACACAGAUUCUUAUAUCAUUGUGUAACACCUAUAAAGAUUUAUACUUUCAGCCUAGAUGAAGGAUAGCUGAAAAUUUUUAGUAGCAACAGGAAAGUAGUUUUUGUGUAUGCAGUUGUUGUUGUGGUAGUAGAAAAUGCCUGACUAAAACAUGUUGUUUUCACUCAUGUCAAAAGCCUAAGAAGCAGUGAACAAGAUGAAAGAAAUUCAGUUGUUCUUGUGUGUCGCCUUUCUAUUUGCAUUUGGAAUAGUUUAUGAACUGUCCCAAGAACCAGAUUGCUUCUUUUUCUGCAAUCCAAUUCCCAAACAUUUCCUGAGGCCCAAUGAUGUCAUGUCCCAGGGCAGAAGUAUCAUCUUUCUGGAGACAACUGAUCAUCUGCAACCUUCUCCACUCGUAUUAUGUUCUGUGGAAUCUGCUGCCAGAAUUUAUCCAGACAGACCCAUCAUUUUCUUGAUGAAAGGACUGAACAACAACACAUUGCAGGAUGUAAAGUCUUCUUACCCCUCACUUUUCUUCUUAUCAACUAUGAAGAACGUUUUCCUUUUUCCUCUUCAGGAGGACAUUUUAUUCCAAGACACACCUCUAUUGUCAUGGCAUCUUCAGGUCAAUGCAACAAAGGAGAAAUAUUGGGCCUAUGUUAUUUCUGAUGCAAUCAGACUGGCAGUAGUGUGGAAAUAUGGUGGAAUUUAUAUGGACACUGAUGUUAUUUCCAUCAAACCUAUCCCAGUGGCUAAUUUUUUGGCAGCUCAGUCUUCCCAAUUCUCCAGCAAUGGGGUCUUUGGUUUUCAGCAUCAUCAUUGGUUCAUCUGGGAUUGCAUGAACGAUUUUGUUCAGAAUUACAAUGGAGACAUCUGGGGAAAUCAGGGACCUUACUUAUUUACAAGAAUACUACAGAAGAAAUGCAAUCUUAGAAAUUUUGAGAAUGUGGAAGACCACAUAUGUUACAACGUUUCCUUUUUGCACCCUCAACGUUUCUAUCCCAUUCCUUAUCAAAUAUGGACAAAGUAUUAUGAAGUAUGGAACACAAAGCCAGAGUUCAAUCAUUCCUAUGCUUUGCACUUAUGGAACUUCAUGAACCAGAAAGAGAAAAAGAAUAUGACCAUUGGAAGCAAAACACUUGUGGAAAACCUGGUCAGAACACAUUGUCCUAAUACAUAUAGCUUGGAGCUCCACAAAACACAGUUGCCUCAAAAUAAAACUAGUUAAGGUUGAAAACUCGUUGUUCUUUUGUGAGUACUCCAAGAAGUCCUUCCUUUCUUUUUACAGGCAUGCCAGUCUCUGAUACUGGAUAUUUGAAAGGCCAGGAAAUCAAGGUCUCCAAAACUCAUAAUAGAACAUAGUAAAUUCUGGAUGGGAAGAGACAGAAGGAAUAAAAGCAAGUUUUAACAGGUGCAUUAACAGAGUUGGGAGGGACUUUGCAGUUCACCUAGUCCAACCCA